AUGGUUCUCUCAAAGAUGUGGCGAAAUCUGUUUACCAUCAUACCAAAACUUCAUUUUGAUGGCGAUGAUGAAGGUAGUAGUAGUUUCGAAGAUUUUGUUGAUGGAGUAUUAGCUUUACCACGUGGUGUUUCGGUUCUUGUACUAGAGAUAAAAGUCGCCGAUCAAGGAGGGUAUUCGCUGCCUCUUGAAGUUUUUACUUGCAAGACUGUUGCUAGAAUGAAACUAGGGUCUGGUUUCGCUAUCGACUUUCUCCCCGCAGAUGCUUUUCUUCCAGCUCUCAAGACUCUCGUUCUUGAUACUGUUAUGUUCUGUGGUUUUGACGGUCGUUGUGCUUUUAAAACGCUUCUUUCUGCGUCUCAUGUGCUUGAGGAGUUAGUCAUAGAUGGAUCGAGUGGGAACGUUGGAAAUGGUCUUGCACUGUGUCCAGUCCAACCCUCCAAAGACUUACUAUCCGACGUAAUGAGUGGUAUUCUCUACCAGUUCUGA